UUGCAGAUUCAUGUUUGUUUGUGGAAACGAUGAUUCUCUAUAUGAAGCUUAGAAUUGGGCAACGAUAAUCCAGAAAGUUCUAUCAUAUAAGCACUACCAAAAUGAAAUUUGAGUUUUCACUUAAAUUGCCUCCAAUAAUUUAUAGAAAUCACAUAUUUUAAAAAAUCAAAUUUAUAUUUCUUAUUUCCGAAGCACUGGUUAACUCUUUGAUUAACUACUAAUUAAAUUAAAAAUACUUAUACUACCUUUUUAUCCUUUAGGCUUUAGUUGAAUAUUAUAAAUAUGUAAACCACGUUCUAUCUCGGGGAAAUGGUUUACCAUUUCUUUUUUUUAUAAAUGUAAACAUUGUUCUUAGCGACAAUGUAAGUGCAUGGGAGUCCAACGAAGUAGGUUUAGUAGUGGAAACUAGGUUACUUUCUGUAGUUUAAAGAUGCAUUGCAUAUCAUAACCUAAAAUAAACAAAGAAAUCGGAAGAAAGACCAAUUCUUGUUUCCAAGAAGAUGAUGAAGUUGAAGGAUAGUCUCUUCCUAUUGAUGAAGAGGGAAUAUAUUACAUAUGUAAUCCAUAUGUUCUGAUUUAUUACUUUAUUAGUAAUGUGGAAUUUCAUUUGAUUUUUUCAACCUCUUUCUAAGAUUUCAAUAUAGGGAUUUUGCUGAUAUAUGGGCUGAAUCCAAUCAAGAAGGCUAUUGCAAAAACGUUAAUAGCUUAGAUCUCAAGAAUGUAGGACGAGAGACUAACUGCUUUUUUGAAUCGCUGGUUCAAUUCUAUACUGUACCGAAAAUCAGAUAAACCGGUUCGGUUCUCGGAUAAAAAGGAGUUAGCUGAAAGAUUCGCUGACCUAUCAGGAGGACUCAUGUGCGACGUGUCACCAACAUUUGCUUCCUUUCAAAGCAAUAGACUAAUCCGCAAGGACACAUAAACUUCAAAACUAUUCAACUUUUGCCACCAUAAAAAAAAGCCUAAAAGAUUUAUUUAUUGACAAAACAAAUUAUAGAAAAAUGAGGCAAAGAUACUUGUUGCCGCCUUUCUCUCUUCACCUCUAGCCUGUAAUAAUUGUUUCUCCCUCCCCCUCCAAUAUUUCAAUGCCUCUCUGAACAUUUUUGCAUUUUCUUGGGGAAACAUUUCUAAUCUUCUGAUUUGUUUCUCCCUCCUCCGUUGUUUUUGGACCCUCAAAGAAAACCUCUUCCGCUUUUCAUCGGAAGGCGAAGAGACGACCGGCAAUUUUCUUUGUUUUUUUUUUCUCCGAUGACGCCGCGUCUUUUCGCCUGUUUUCGCGUCAAAGGAUCAUCAACUUCCCCCACCGGAAAAGGAAUCACCGGUCAUAACGCUGCCGUUGUAGCUGCUGAUGUUCCCGCCGGCGACGGACCUGUUCUCGUUCAACUCUUCUCUUCUCAGGGGUGCAAGACUUCUCCGGAGGCGGAGAUGCUCGUGUCGCGCCUCGGCCGUGGAGAUUUCGACGGUCAGAUCCGUCGUGAAGGUGGGGCUGGUUCUCCGGCGAUGGUUCUCGUGUUUCACGUUGAUUAUUGGGAUUACUUGGGGUGGAAGGAUCCGUACGGAUCGAGCCAAUGGACGGUGAGGCAAAAGGCUUACAUCGAGGCGUUGAACCAAGAUACCAUGUUCACUCCACAGUUUGUGGUUCAAGGUCGCGUCCAGUUUCUUGGCAACGAGGAAGAUGCUCUUCUCAAGUCCAUCGUUGAAGCGCCUAGGUUUCCUUCUCCGGCGUUUCGGGCCACAUUUCAAAGACCAACCUCCGAAACUCUGCAAGUAUCUCUCACAGGAGCAUUGAGGAUGAAAGUGGACUCGAGCGGGAUCGAUAUAAUGGUCGCGCUAUACGAGAACGGGAUAGUGACUGAUUGCCCUCGAGGAGAGAACUCAGGGAGAGUCUUGUCCAAUGAUUACGUUGUAAGAAAGCUAGAAAAGUUAUGCACUGUUAAAGAUUUAACGGCGAAGAAGACGGUGUCGGGAACGGCUCAUUUCACGGUUUGGGAUGGGUUCAACAGUGCUAAAUGUGGUGUCGCUGUAUUUCUACAGAACACUUCUCUUCAAAUUUUCGGUACGCAGAGUUUUCAAAUGCCUGAUGAGAUUUGACAAAAGAAACAAACAAACAAACUUCAAAAUCUAUAAUUAUAUAAAAGAUAAAUUAAUUUGCCCUUUUUAUGUUCGUUUUUCAUAAUUGGUUAUUGGAUUUUUUGUCUGUAUACUUUUUCGAUUUGUUUCUCCCCCUCA